GCGCGGAUCAAGCUGCAGCCCCGCCUGCUGGAUGUGGCCAAGGUCAUGCCGCUGCGUCUGCUGGAGGCCUUGGGCCAGCGCCCGCAGCAGCUCCUGCUGCGCCCAAGCCCGAGGAUGGAGCUCAGGCGCCCGCUGCUGAGGCCACCCCAGCCGCUCCUGCAGACGUACGAGCUCGUGCAGCGCCGUUUUGGCUGGGUGGCUGCGGUGGCCAAGAAGCCGUCCAAUGCGGACAUUGAGCCGCCAACGCCGUCGGCGGUGAGAACCAAAGGGUCGUCAGAUUUCGCUGCGAUCCGACGCGUGCUGCAGAAGUACUUCACGUCCGUGAACUCUCUGAAGCAUGGUGAGAAGAUGGGCAAGAGUACGGUGCACCAGGAGAGGAUUCAGGAACACGCGAAGCUGAUCGUGGACCUCUACACUACGUGCGGUUGGCGCCUCAACCAGUCAGCGGUCAAGGCAGCGCCCCCCCAGGUCGCGAGGGCCAACGGAUUCAAGCUGAACGCGGCGAGGAUGAAGAAGUGGACGGGGGCGCUGGACAGGCGGCUCAGGGCACUGAUGUCCCACGCCAGGGAGCGAGCCAGACGUGAGUCAGAUUGGUUCGCGGAGGCGAUCGGCGAUGAGGAGAUCAUGGAGAGAAUGACGAAGGCCACCAAGCAGUUCGCAGCCGAUAGUAAAGGAGACUCCGAGAAGGUGGACACCCAGCAGCUCGGCGACGACAAGGGCGACGACGGCUCCGACUUUAAUGAUGAGAACGAGGAGUCAGAGGAGGAGGAGGAGGACAACGAGCCAGACGCGGAGGAGGACGACCACUCCGAGAGCAUCGUGAAGAAGCCUGCUGCCGCGGAGAUCAAGAAGUACGAGUACGGUUUCGACAGGGUCGCCAACAACGCCUACAGGACGACCGACGGCAAAGUGCUGGACUACGGCACGAUGACCGUGCCAGAAGGCGCGGCUGACGGCGACCCGAUGACCGCCAAAUGGAAGGGCGGCGACACACUCGCGCUGAGCAUCACGCUGGCAGAGUGGAGAGCAGCUGGCAGCGACCUCAUCGAGGUGUCGAAGCACGGUGGCAUGCACACGAAUGAGGACACCAAGAUCGCGGUGAAGUACAGGGAGGACAGGCCGACUGGGCCCGAGAGGAUCAACAGGCUCGCGACCAUGCGAGAUGAAUCUGGCCAAGUGUUCCAGGUGAAUAUUUUAUGGUUCGACGGGAGCUCGCAAGAAGAGCAAAAGCAGGCAGCGAUCGCCUGGGCCAACGCGGCGGCAGUCAGACUCCCCGACAAGGUGAUCACCCGCGACGAGGCCAGGGAGGAGAAGGAGGCGUACAGGAUGCAGGUCGCGACCGAGGACCAUGCGAUGAAAAAGGCCGGCCGCAGUGAGGAGGCCAGCAGCAGCAGCAGCGGCACCAGAUACUCCGACGGGUUCGAUUGCAGCACCGACGCCAUCGAAAUCAGCACCGACGGCAGCGCCAACCGGUUCAAUGCAGCCGUCCUCGCCGCCACCUACAACGCCUCCGAGGUGGCAGAGUCCAGUGACGAUGCAUGGCUCGAUCGAGCCGCCGCCGACGCGGCCGCGCUUGCGCUAAAGCCGCAACGCGCGGGCGAAUCGCCAGCGGCGGCAGCGCCCGCGGCGGCAGAGCCCGCGACCGCGGCGCCCGCGGCGCCGCUCGCGGCGCCCGUGCCGCUGCAGCCAGGGACGCAGGCCGCAGCGGAGACCCCAGCUCCGCUGGCCCCCGCGAUGCCGCCGCUGGACACAGCAUCCCAGCUGCAGCAGUCGCAGCCGCAGGCAGCCACGCAGACUGUCGUCGACAGCUUCGAAGGUCUAGCCUGCUGGAGCGGCGUGCCACAGAACUUGAGCGACGAGACCGUCAAGGCGAUCCUCGGCAAGGAGAUCGGGGGGUUCAGCAGCUCCGCCGUGGCGAAGGCGGACGAGCAGUUCGCGGAGCUCUUCAAGUCCAGGGGGCGGGGCCUCCACAUCGAGAACUUGCCUGGGAACGGCUUCAGGUUCUCGAUGAAAUCACCACUGGGGAAGCGCUUCUACUUGUGGCUGAAGAGCCACCAAGACGAGGCUGACAAAUACUGGGAGAAGGCCGAAUACGAGCAGAAGCAAUACCGUAAGAAGUGGGCCGAGGUGAAGUUCAACGAGUACGACUCUUGGAGGGGCAAGAGGACCAAGAGGGUGGACUUCAUCUUCGAGGAGAGGAUCAACGACCAUGACGAGUCGACCCUUUGGAGGAACGAGGAGACCGAGCGCAACGCAAAGAAGCAGGCCGCUCAGUCCGCUGCCGAGUUGGAGACGCCCACCAAGGUCCCGAUCGAACGGGCGCAAGGUGCAAGCAGCGAGACCGUGGAUGCGGCGAAGGGAGACCAACCCGCUGGCAGCCAGGACGCGGUGACCAACGUCUCGGGCGGCGGCGCCGUGGCGAAGGGCAAAGCCAAAGGGAAAGACGGCAAAGGCAAGAGAGGCAAAUGCAAGGGGAACAAAAACGACAAGAAGGGCAAGAAGCAUAACCACAGGGACAAGGACUGCUCCACGAACCCGAAGGCCGCCAUCAAAAUCGCGAAGGACACGCUCAGCUCGUACACGGUCAUCAAGAUGCGGGCUGAGAAGAUGAUCAAGAGCAUCGGCGACGCCACGGACGGCUGGGGGAAGUUCCAGGCCUUCUCCAAGGACCUCGUCGACGCGGUGCAGGCCAUGGAGCAGGGCGUGGAGCAGCACGCGUUCAUGCAGAUGGCCUUGGCAAUCGGCGUCGACAAGUGCAAGGGCGAGAUGGAGGGGCGGGAGUUCGAAGAGGGCAUUCGGAACAUGGCUCAGAUCUCGGAGCACGUCUCGAGUGUGCAGACCCAGAUCGACAAACUGAACAGCAUGAAGAGCCUCCCUGGUCCUCGUUUGCCUCUGGUCUCAUCCGUCAACACGGUGGCUCAAAGCAAAGCAGGGCGUCGGGCCUCUCGCAUGGCUGGGCCCUUCGCCGUGCGAGUCCUGGAGUGGGCGGGCGGCGUGGCGGGCGCCUACCUGUCGCGGUGCCCCGCCUGCCCCGCGGUGCCCGACUGCCAUUGCGCGGCGUGCCCGGCUUGCCCGGCACUGGCUUCGUGCUCGCGCCCGCCGUGCCCGGCGUGCCCGGGCUGCCCGGGCGGGGCCGCCGCGCCGGCAGCGCCGGCUUGGCCCCCGCCGGAGAGCCAGAGCUGCCCCGCGCCGACGGAGGUCGAGCGCGGCGGCGCUCCGGCCUGGGGCGGGCUGGGGCCAGGGUGGUGGCUGGUGUUCGGCGUGCUGCUCGGGUGCCUCCUCGGCGUGCUCGGCCAGGCGGUGGUGCGCGGGGGGGUGAGCUGCGCCAGGGCGAGGGAGUGGGCCUUCGUCCUGUACGGCGACGACGAGCACUUGUGGCACCAGAGGCUGAUUCUGGGGCUCGUGGGGUUGUCGGAUUCUAGCUACGUCAUCCUGACCCCCGACGGCGACGUCUACGCGGAGGACUACGGGGACGACAGCGUGGAUGUGGCCGCCGUCCGCUUCUCCGGGGCGUGGGCCGCGGUGCCCGCUGGGGUGCCUCCUGAGCGGGUGUACCGUUUCAGACAGCAGCCGACGGCUCAGGAGCGGGCGCGGGCGCUGGCCGACGCCCAGGCCGAGGCCCAGGCCGAGUGCCAGCGGAUCGCCGCCGCUCGGGGCGAUCCGGGGCUGCUGGCGAACCUCGUCUUUUUGCGGCCGCUGCCGGUGCCGGGCGGGGCUGCGGCUGCGCCGCGGGCUCCUCGCAUCGGGCCUCUGCAGGGGGCUGCGCCAGGCGCUGCCGCGGGGGCUCCUGUCGCGGAGUGGCGCGCGGCGAUGGCGGCCGGGCCCUUCCGGUACGGCGACGUCGUGACGGACCACGCGCGGAGCGGGCUGGCCGUCGGCAAGCGUGACAUCCACGUACUCCCGGAUGGCGUCGGGAUCUUCGUCGAGCACGUGGACCCGGCCGACGAGGCCGAGUUCUUCGAUCGGGCGGUCGCCACGGAUGCGCGGAUCACGCCGAUCCGCCGCAACCGCCAGGACAGGCGGGAGCGGACCUGGGCGGAGAUGACGGCCGUGCUGAAGCAGGAGAGCUUCGGUGCCGACUGGCAGCUGCCGGGGCCGCGCUCCAGUUUGUGGUGCAUAGAGUUCAUCAACCAGGAGGGGAGUGGGCUGCUGGGCCACCACGAACGUUUCAAGACGGCCUGCCGUCUCGACUGGAACUCGUGGGGCGUCUUCGAGCAUUUCAACAUAUGCCAGGCCCUGACCCAGGGGCUGCUGGUGGACCAGCUGGACGGGAGCAACCUGAUCAUGGUCGAGUACCAGUUCCGGCGGCUCCAGACGAUAGAGUUCGGCCACUCCGAGCGGGCGAGGGAGGCGGAGUCGAAGAGCUACCAGGGGAAGAUGUCGUUGGAGGAGCAGCACGCGUUCGCGGGGACCACGAGGGCGUCGUCGACGCUCAUGAUCUGCCCGGAGCUGCUGGACUACGUCCGCACCGAGGUGGAGCGGGAGGCGAAGCUGGCCAAGAACCUGAGAGUUGCACGAGAAGAGCGGGAGGCAGGUGCUGUUAGCCGGUCGGUGCGGCAGCGGGUUGGCGCGCGUGCUGCUGUGGAGCUGGACUGUGACCGAGCGGUGCGCAGCCUCAACGGGAUGUUCUCGCAUGCGCCUCAGCCGGCUCUUGGCCAGGGCGCGCCAGCCUGUGCUUUCGUCUCGCGCGCGCAGCGCGAGGCCAUCGACUUCGUCGAGGAGUCGGCGCGGGCCCUGGGAGCGCCGCCCCCGGGGCUCACCCCCGCAGAGGCUCUUCGGAAGCUUCGCGUGGCGAGCUGGUACGACGUGGACUCUGCCAAGCUCGGAUCCUACCGCCCCGACGCGAUCUCACUGCCCUCUGGCACGGUUCGGCCGAUUCCGCUGGAGACUCUGUGGGGGAGCGGCGGGAGUGACACCGUGAAGGAUUUUAUAUCACAGAAUUUGCUGUGCUCCGAGAGGGCGAAGCAGCGACUGCAGGGCGUGGGGCUGGAGCGGGCGUACUCUGACCCAGCCUUGCGGCGUCGGGGUGCUUAUGAGGAAUUCAUUCGUAUGUUGCAGGAGCGUGGCCUCGUCGACUUCGCCGAGUCUGGCAUCGAGUCCGUCGAGGCCUUCUUCGUGGAGAAGAAGGACCAGAGGCUGCGCAUGGUGAUAGACUGCCGGAGGGCCAACGCUUGGUUCGCCGAGCCGGCCGGGGUGAGCCUGUGCACGGGCGAUGCCCUUUCGAGGUUGGAGCUCGGCCUCAACGACGAGCUCCACAUCCAGGGUGCCGACCUCAGCGACGCGUUCUACCACAUGGGCUUGCCUGAGGAGCUGAGGGGGUACUUCUCCUUCCGGCCCGUGCGCGCCUCGGCGGUGGGCAUCAAGCUCCUCGGCGGGAAGCCACUCGGCCGGGGCGCUCUUGUCACGCCGCGGCUGGCCGUGCUGCCGAUGGGGUGGAGCUGGGCGCUGUGGUGGUGCCAGCGCGUGCACGAGCGCACCAGCGUCGAGGCCGGCGCUUGUCCCGAGCUGCGGAUCGCUGAUCGCCGGCCGCCGCCGCCGAUGACGCCGGGCGCCCACCUGGAGUACGUCGACAACUUCAUCGCGAUCGGCACCGACUCCGAGUGGGUGGCGGCGCUCGUGCGGCGCGUGUCUGACGCGCUGCGUGCCCGCGGGCUCGAGGUGAAGGCCGAGGACCAUGCUGGUGAGCUGCCUGGUGAGUCGGAGGCGCUGGGGUGGUGCAUUGACCGAGGACGGUGCAUCGUGCGGCCCACGCGGGCCCGGCUGUGGCGUGCGCGCCUGGCCGUUCGAGGUGUCCUCGGCCGUGGCCGUCUUCGGGGACGCGACCUCGAGAAGCUCCUCGGGCAUCUGGUAUUUAUAUCUCUUAUCAAGCGCGAGGGCAUGUCUUUGUUCUGGAGCUGCUACGCCUUUGUCCGCAAGUGCUACGACAAGGAGACCGGACUUUGGCCGGCUGUGCGGCGUGAGCUGGAGUACUGGGACGGCAUCGCACACCUCUUGUGGCGCAGCCUCCGUUCGCCUUGGACUGACGAGCUCAUCGUGGUCGACGCGAGCGAGUGGGGCAUCGGGGCUUGCGCUGCCCCUGCCCCCGUUUCGCUGGUGCAGAGGCUGGGCCACGUCUCCGAGCGCUGGAGGUGGCACCAUGGGCUGGCCGGCUCCGCGCCACGCCGGCACGCGGGGGCCGCGGCGGCCGCCGCUGCGCUGGCGGGCGACCCCGCCGACGCUGCGCCGUGGAUGCUGGGAGCGGAGGCGGUCGCGGCCGCGGGCUUUCCUCCGCGGCAUGCCGGCGGCGACGGGCUGGGGGGGGAGGAUUCCGCCCUCCAUAGUCACAACCCCCAGGCCCAGGCCGCCGGCGCAGCCGAGGGGGCCGCCGGGAGCGCGUUCGACGAGGUGCCGCCGGACGUGAUCAAGCUGCCCUGGCGCACCGUGGGGCGCCACCGCUGGCGCUGGCCGGAGGAGAGCAUGCCGGUCGCCGAGGCGAGGGCCGUGCUGCACGGGCUCCAGCAUCUCGUGAGGGCCUCGCGGCACCGCGGUCGGCGCGUCGUGGUGCUGGGCGACUCCUUGAGCGCGGCCGGGGCCGUGGAUCGUUUCAGGAGCAGUUCUUGUAAAAUGCUCCGAGUCACUCAGGCCAUCGCCGCCGUCACCCUCGUCACCGCCACUACCCUCCACUACCGCUGGCUGCCCUCAGAGUGGAAUGCAGCCGACAACCCCUCGAGGGGGCGUUUCUCCCCCUCGACCCCCCAGCCGCUGCUGCCACGGACCAAGGCUGGUGCGGCAGGGCCAGUCGCCGCUGGGCCGCCCGGGAAGCCUGCCGAUGUUGGCGCGGGCGCGGCCGCCCGCGGCGCCGCCGCGCACCCCGACGGCCUCGGCGACGCUGACCCGGUCUACGUUCAGGCCUCCGGGGACGUCGAGCUGCCGGGCCUGAGCGUGCUGGAGACGGGGUCGAUCACGGCGGCGACGCGGGCGCAGUACGUGGAGGCCUUCGACGGCUUCCAGGCUUGGAUGGCACGGCGGGGCGUGCAGCCCACGACGCUGGACGACUACGACGAGCAGCUGGUCCUCCGCCUGGACGAGCUCUACCUGGACGGCGAGGGGAUCGGGGCCGGGCAGAAGCUCUUCGCGUCGGUGCUCUUCUUCCUGGGGCUGACGAAGGCGGCGGGCUCGCCGAUGGCGCGAGCGCGGCGGGCGCUGCGCGGGUUCCGUCGGCUGGCGCCGCCUACCUCGCGGCUCCCGCUCCCCUUCGAGUUGCUGGGCGCGCUGGUGAACUACCUCGUGAGCGUCUCGAAGCUCGAGGCGGCACUCGUGCUGUGGCUGAGCUUCGAGCUGUACCUGCGCCCAAGCGAGCCGUACCACAUCCGGGCCACCGACUUGGUUCGCCCGGCUCGCGGCCGCCUGGGGCACGACAGCUGGAGCGUGACUCUGCACGCCGCCGAGACGGAGGUGCUCUCGAAGACCGCCGAGUACGACGAGGCGCUGAAGCUGGACCUGCCGCGGCAGGAGCUGCUGGGCCCGGCGCUGGAGGCUUCAGUGGCCGCGCGGCUCGGCCCCGACUGGCGGAGGCCUCGCCCCGCGGCAGCGCGCGGCGCCGCCGCGGGCGGCCGCGCGAGCGGCGCGGCCCCGGAGCCUCUGCUGUUCGUGAUCACGCAGCGCGAGGUCUCGAGCGCCCUCUCGGCCGCCGCCAGGGCCCUCGGGAUCGAGAAGUUCCUGCCCGGCCUGCACCCUUACAUGCUCAGGCACGGGGGCGCGUCUCACGACUACGGCAGCAAGGCCAGGUCCCUCGUCGACGUCCAGCGCAGAGGCCGGUGGCAGUCGUGGCAUUCGGUCCGCCGAUACGAGAAAGGCGCUCGCCUGUCGCAGGUGCUGCAGAUGGUGCCCGCUGCGAUGCAGGUGUUCAGCGGGUCCGGGCGCCUGGGACGGGCGAUCGCCGCUGAAGGGCUGCCCGUCCUGCUUUGGGACAUUUGCCUGGGCCCCGAGUAUGACCUGCUGAGCCCGCAGAAGCGUGGGCUGAUUCGGUCCUGGGUUCGAAGCGGCCUCGUGAUUGGCAUCCACCUCGGGACGCCCUGCAACACGUGGAGCCGCGCGCGGGACAUCCCGCCCGGACCGAUGCCGCUGCGAAGUGACGCCUUCCCUCUUGGCCUGGCCGACUUGAGCGUCAAAGAUCAGGCCAAAGUUGAUGCAGGCAACGUUUUCAUGAUUUUCAGCGCUGGCCUCAUGCACGAGGAAUGCCCUGGCAUUGAUUUUGACAGGUACUACUUGGUGUCCCCGUUUGCUUGCGUGGACGCGGUCCUGCUAUCGAUGAGGUCUCACAUGUUUCUCGCUGCGGAGCCAGCCUUUCUCCCGCAUGCAACUCGCAGCAAGAAGCGCGAUAUUCGAGAUAUAGUCGACGUCAGUGCCCCAGAAGUCCCAACAUCGGCUUUGAAUCCAGCGCAGCAGGCGAUGUUGCAUCAGCUCGUGAAGAAUAUCGAAGAUUGGAGGGCCAGAUACGAGAUCCCUGACUGGGCGAUCGCAGUGAUGGAUAUGAGCGUGAUCGAUAAGCCCGCAACGAUAGCGUACACGAUGGAGGACGUCGUGCCGAUGCUCACGAAAACAAAUGUGGAUCUCUGGCUGCAGAGUAUUGGCGACUGUUCGGACACCCUUCCGAAGGUAUCUAGGUUUUUGCUGCCCGCUGAGAGGCUGAAGUUGCAAGGCCUCCCCGAGGAUAUUGCGGACAUGGUUCCAACAGAUGUGGCAGUUGAAGCGCGUGCGAAUUCAGCCGCAGUGCCGCGCAUGGGACUGCCCAUCGCAGCUCUGCUCAGCAAUCCGAGAGACCAGUCACGCGACAACGGCCUUUCUCGGCCCCCUUCCAUUUUCUUCAUAUUCGCCUUCAUCGGCGUGGUGGAGGUCAGGUGCAACGCGACGAUGCCCCUCCGUGUGGAAUGGCCGCGCCCGGAGCACGGCACCGCGGCGCGGCGGGCACAGGUCUUCGAUGCAGUUCGACCUUGGAAGACCGCAUUGCAGUACCCCACAAUCGAGUCUGUUGACGCGGCUGGUGCUUGGUUGUUCAUGUGGUCAGCGCAGGCCGAGGCCCAAAUCUUGCGUUUGGCGAUUUACACCAUCCUCGAGACGGCCAUGCCGCCAGUGAUGAAGCAUGGGAGUCUUUCGCGCUCUCGCUCAUUAGUGUUGGCGCAAGCGCUCAUGGCCUUCGGUCUGGCCAUGCUGCGCCGGGCUCGUGGACUUUUUCCAAUGCCUAAGUGGGCGGCCGCCGUCUUGCGCUGCCUCCCCCCUGGUGGACUCGAGGCAGUUCAGCAGCCCGGGGGGCCAUGGGAGCUCGAGAUGCGGCAGCUUCUGGUUUCGGCCCACCGUGGCGGAUCGGCAGCGCACGUUGCUUUCUCACACAGUGGCCGCUACAUCGGGAAAGCCAACGUGCGCAGGGCACGGCAGACAUUAUCUGGAGUGACAGCUCGUUUCACGCAGCACAUCCGGGCGAUCUUCUUGCCGUGCAUUGCUGAAGGACGGCUUGCACUGUACAAGUUGUUCAGGGGUUGGAUCCCAGAGAUGCGGGGCGCCUCAUGCGUCUCAGAUCCUUUCGUGGGCACCCAGGUCCUUGGAAUCUACCGCGUUGGCCUGUGCCUCCGCAGAUGUUCAGCCGGCUUCGGACGGCGUGGGCUGAAUGGUGGCGGCCAGUCGCACGGGAACGAGUGGGACUCCCGCUCGAGCGGCCACAAGCCCAACAGCUGGGGCUACGACGUCCGAGAGACGGAUUCCAGCAGCUCCGAGGACGAGAAAGUGGCUAGGUGCGAGAAGUACCUCAUGAAGCACUCGGCCAAGUUCCGGAGCUACAUCCAAGACAAGGAGGAAGAGCAGCGGGCCAAGGAAUAUCAGAAACAUGGAGAAAUUCUCGCAAAGGCUAUCGGAUCUCAGCUCGAGGAGGCGAUCGCAGCCGCGGCCCGGCCUUUCGGGGAGAAGGCGAGCGGCAGGUCGCCGCGGGGGCCGGCUCCUUGGGCAGCUCCCCAGGAGAGCCAUGCGCCAGGGUUUAUCUCGGCCCCUCUGGGGGCGCCCGCAGCAGCCGGGGCUGCAGGCAUCACAACAGUUAAGAAGGUGCUCUUCUUUGCCAUCUUUGAGAAGAAGCUGGUGCUGACAGAGUGGACGCUCGAGGAGUUCAAGACGAAGGGCUUGGCGCUGUGGGCCGAUCGGGCGGGCUUCGACAGGACGGUUCCCAAGGCCGUCGACUCCUUCUUCGCAGACCAUGCUCCUGACGAGGCCGUGCCGGACCGCAAGGAGGCCCGCCUCGUGAAGUUUUGGGAGGCGUUCAUGGACCUCAAAUGUGCCAGGAUGUCGAACACCAAGCUGGAUAAUCCAAUCCUGACCCCGAAGUACACGGACGUGAGCCAACUGAUGGGCGUCUCUGCGGCUGAGACUACGCCAGCCUACCCAGAUCCCGGUAUGAUCAGGUGCCUGCUCCUCGGGCCCCCGCGGUUCACAGGUGCGGCGGCGUGGGCCGGUUCCAUGGAGUUGCUGCGCGACCUGCCGCGAGCCUAUCAGGGCCUCAGCUCUCCGGCGAGGGCGGCGCUCGAGAACAAGUCGGGCGCUGAGCUCAAGAAGCUCACCGCAAUGCUCGAGAACAAGUCGAGCUUAGCGCCCGACUCGCAAUUCAUGGGCCAGGCAUCGGCAGCAACGGACAGCAUCUCGAGGCCGCCGCCGCCCCAGGAGCUCACGAAGCUCGGUGACACCGAGGAGGGCGACAUGCACGUGGAGGACCGGAUGAACGACCGCAAGACCAUCCUCAUGGACAUGCGAGUUGACGUCUUAGGUGUCAAGACGAUGCGCGCCACCUCCAUGGACGUCCAAGGCUACCCGCAUGAGGAGGCCUAUGUCGCGUGCGCCAGCAAGUCCAUCCAGGGCAAAAUGGCAGGCAAGAAGGAUCACCUCGUGUCGUGGGCCAUCGGCGGCAUCUUCAACACGGUGAGUUUCAUGUUGCUGCGCCGCUCUGGUGGGCUCUGCGCGGCGGGCGUGUUCUUGGGCCGGCGCGCCUGGCGCGUGCUCGGAUUGGGCCCCGCGCUCAAGUCGGCCCACGACGCGGUCCUCUUCGCGGGCGAGGCGGCCCAAGAAGCUGAGCACUACUACGAGAUGGCCGAGGAGAUGUGGGAGAGUGGGAGCUCGAGACGCUCGUCGCUGCGCGCUGGCGGGACUAGGGUCACCGAGUGCGCUGGGUUCAUUGGCUUCCUCGAGCUCUACUCAGGCAUCGAGACGCUCACGGACGACGCGAGGGCGUUGAAGGGCAUUUGGCGCGACGCCUCUGAUAUUUUGCGUGGCCCCAACUACGAGCAGAUGGCCCCGACUGAGCUCGAGCGGCUCUUCGGGCGCAUCAGGGGGCGCUGGUGGUGGACAGCCCGCCUACAUCCCAACAAGAACGUCAUCGCGCACCACGCGGCGCUGGAGGUGGCGAAGCUGAUGCACAAGGAAGGGCUCCUCUGCACAGCGCUCAUACGGCACACAAGGUUUAUCGACGAGAUCUGGUCCGACUUUUUGGAGCUGGACGGGGAUCUGAUCGGGACGUGCAUUGCAGGGUCCUGCGAUGAUGGCGGUGACGCCUCUCGGGUGAAGCCUGACGCGUUGGACGGGCCCGAGGAGUGGGUCUUCGUGCAUCGCUCCCACGCGGCGGCGAGGCGUGCUAUCAUGACCCACAGAGACAUUCGUGAGGGUGAGCAGUUCUGGCAGGCUCCAGGCAUGGCCAUGGCCGCCGCGCUGGAGAAGUCCAAGGUGGCGCGGAGGCCACUUGCUGCUCGCCUUGCCCGCGCCCUGCGGGCCUUGAAGGGCGACUCCCUGCCGCUCGGCUGCGCCGCUGCCGAGCCAAGGCCCGAAGUGGCCGGGCCCAGGACGGGCAUCAAAGCUAUACUUACAAG